GAUGACCAGAGACUGCGGACACAGUACAGGAGAUGACCAGAGACUGCAGACACAGUACAGGAGAUGACCAGAGACUGCGGACAUAGUACAGGGGAUGACCAGAGACUGCGGACACAGUACAGGAGAGGACCAGAGACUGCGGACACAGUACAGGAGAUGACCAGAGACUGCGGACAUAGUACAGGAGAUGACCAGAGACUGCGGACACAGUACAGGAGAGGACCAGAGACUGCGGACACAGUACAGGAGAGGACCAGAGACUGUGGACAGUACAGGAGAUGACCAGAGACUGCGGACAGUACAGGGGAUGACCAGAGACUGCGGACA